GCCCCGACGACGGGCGACGUCUCGACUCCGCCGCAGUCCGCUAGAGUCUCUAGAAACCUCCGGUAGCCGCCUCCGUCGCCGUUCGUCGUGCGGCGGCGUGGGAUCCAGCUUGAGGUCCCCCCCCCCCCCCACGAGGGCUACUUGGUUAACCUAUCCCGCAAGGUUUAGGCUGUGAUUCGUGAGCAGGAGGUGGCGGCGAUAUGGAAUAUACGGCGAGAUCAAAUGGGACUUCGGGAACUUCCGCUGGAAGUUUUGGUGGUCCGUACAACAUGAAGUAUUCAAGCUACUUAAAUGAUGAACCAAUGCCUGAUGCCGCGUCGGAAAAGGAGCAGGGAAAUGAAUAUUUCAAACAGAAGAAGUUUACUGAAGCAAUUGAGUGCUACUCCAGAAGUAUUGGGUUAUCUCCUACAGCAGUUGCUUUUGCAAAUAGAGCUAUGGCAUAUCUUAAAUUAAGAAGAUUCAAGGAGGCAGAGGACGAUUGCACUGAAGCUCUGAAUCUGGAUGAUCGAUAUAUAAAAGCGUACUCACGGAGAAUUACUGCACGAAAAGAACUUGGGAAGCUUAAGGAAGCAAUGGAUGAUGCUGAAUUUGCCAUCAGUCUUGAGCCAAACAAUCCAGAACUAAGGAAGCAGUAUACUGAGAUAAAAGCAUUGCACAUGGAGAAAUUGGGUAAAAAGACCCCGGUGCCAACUAAACAUGCAGUUUCUGGAUUGGAUAAACCUGCUGAUAAAAAGGACAUCACUUCUCAUACACCGACUAUCUCCCAGAAGGGCAGUUUCAUGGAAGUUGAUUCGCCUACUAGAGCUGCAGUGGAGAUUAGAGAGAGUCCUGGUGGCAGUUCCAGUUCUAAAGGAGGAUCUGGAGUAAUCGUCAACGAGAAUGUCUUGCAGCAGUCUCGGAAUGCUAAUCAGAAGCCUGGGCCAGAAGCUUCAAUUCAAGAGCUUGCAUCGCGAGCUGCUUCACGGUAUAUGGCCAGCACCGUAAAAAGCGUCAAAAUACCAAAGACAGCUUAUGACUUUGAGGUUUCUUGGAGAGCUCUUUCUGAUGACACUGCCCAGCAAAUACAAUUGUUAAAGUCAAUUCCACCGGCAAGCCUACCAGAGAUUUUCAAGAACGCACUUUCUGCUCCUUUUCUCAUUGACAUCGUGAAGUGUUCAGCCUCAAUUUUCUGGGAUGAUGCAGCGUUAGCUGUUAGCAUUUUGGAGAAUCUGGCAAAAGUUCCACGCUUUGACUUGAUAAUAAUGUGCCUUUCAUCCAUGCACAAAUCUGAACUGAGGAAGAUAUGGGAUCAAGUAUUCCUUGCUGGAAAAGCAUCAGCUGAUCAGGUGGAAGCUCUCAGGCAGCUGCGAAGCAAAUAUAUUCAGGGAGGAUGUCAGGAUAACGCGUUCAGUUCAAGCUAAUGAGACGAUGUAAAGACGAAACGUUAGAAACCUUCUGUACCCUUCUCUGGGGUGUCUGUCAAAUGUUAGCACGUGUGCCCACUUCCUGGUUGCAGUGAAUGGUUGAAGCAUGUGUUUUGUGGAAUCCUGCUACUGGGAUGAAAUGUUCAUGUUGCUUCUGACAUCUCACGUUCACGUACUAUCUGAUUAUACUACGUACUCGCGUUGCUAUAAAUACUUUACUAAUGAGCUUGUCUUAAA